AUGGCUGUCGAAGAGUUCUGGGUUGUCAGAGAAGAGCCCUACCAGAAUGAUAUGAAGAUUAUCGACGCGCCGGACCAGCCCUCGAUCAAAUUCCCUCUCGUUAUUGCACCCUCGAAGCAAGCCACUAAGGACGAAAUUCUCAAAGAAAUUGCACAGCUAGCUGCCCAGCCCAGCGAUACUAGUGGCCACAGCAAGAUUCGAGAACUACUGGACGCCAAUGGCGGUGCAAUCAACAUCAAGGGUUUGCCAUUGAAGGACCCUGAGGACUUUUCGGAGUUUCUGUCUGCCCUUGCAGGGAAGGGCGAAGGUGCAUGGUAUCCUCACGUGCAUGUGGGAAUGGAGGUUCUGAGAAGACCAUUGGCGAAGAACGUCAUGACCACGAAUGAGGGACCCCCAUCUCACUUUAUCGGUUGGCAUAAUGAGUAUGCCGUCUCUCCAGUGCACCCUGGAUACUUGAUCCUAUUCUGCCAGAUCCCGCCAGGUAGGGGUGGCGAGACCAACAUUACCUCUUCAGUGGCACUUUAUGACCGUCUCAAGAAGUCCGCUCCAGAAUUCGUUGAGAAGUGCGGCACCAAAGGUCUCGUAUAUCAUAUCCCACACACAGCUUCACAGGUUGGGGGAAUCGUGGGAGGCAAUGGUCUAUACAAGGCAAACGCGUUCGGGCCAUCUAAUGGAGAGGAUGUCUCAACCUGGAGCGAGGAGCGGAAGAAAAAACACGUCGAGGAGCGCAUUUUGGAUCUGGCCAAGAGAGGAGGCUGGUCCGAAGAGGCGUCCAAGGAUGUCAGUCUGCCAGAGUGGCAGAGGAGAGGGUUUGACUGGACAUGGGAGGAGAAUGGAGAUUUGAAUGUUGUGCAUAGGGUCCCUGGAACGCGAAUCCACCCGACCAGCAAGCUUCCGACUAUCUUCAAUGCUAUGUCCACCAGAUACACCAACGCCAAGGUUAACAACACGUGGGAGCCACCUCACACGUACAAGACCAAAGACGGCGAAGAAGCCACAGCCAUACCACCCUACUUUGCUGGAAUCGAAAAGGACGAGCCUAUCGCUGCUGAGUGGCUGGCUAAGAUGGAUGAAUGGCAACAUAAGCUAGGAUCCGAUAUCAGUUGGCAAGCGGGUGAUGUCUUGAUCAUCGACAACUUCGCUGUCCAGCACGCGCGUUGGGCUUGGGAAGGUGACCGUAAAGUCCAUGCUAGCUUUUGGGACCAAGCUGGGUUUAUUGGUCAGCAACUUCCAACAUCGAUAACCGUUUGA